UGCAGACCCUGGACCAAAGCCCUCUUUCCUACUAGUGUGGUAUACCUAUGCACAAUUGUGGAGCUAGCUUGUCAAAUUAUUAACUUAUGAUGACAUAUGAGUUCUUUGUACUACAAAAUCAUACGUACAUGCACACUGUCUAUGGAGAGACCACAUAGAUUUAUAUGUCACAUAAACGCCUGCAUUCCCACGUGUCCCUACAGUACAGUACUGUAGCCCUCGAUCGACCGCAAUAAUGCCUUCAUCAUUCCCUCGCGAACUCUCCUAACUACGCACACCAACAUCAGACAGCUACGGACCUACCUACCUACGGGUCGAGCUCGACCUAUGCGUAGCCCAGGCUGCCGCCCUGCGCAUACACGCGCAGUAGUGACGCAACAGUCGUCGAUGGCCAGACAGCGCGCCACCACCCACAGCGACGGGCGCCAUUGCUCGAAACUCAAAUGCCCUCACUGCCCUCUGUGACCUAGCUAGCAUAGCAUGCAGCAAAAUCACUGAUAAAAAACAAACAAAACGCGCGCGUACACAUCGCACCCACACCCACACCCUAUAUGCUAGCUCCACUAAUAAAUACCUAGCUGCCUAGCUCACCACUCCCAUCUUUCAGCUUCCUGUAGACCCCUUUCUCCAUCCCCAACCUUUGCCCUCCCUUCUUUCCCCUCUCUGGCUGCUGGCCUUCCCAUUAAGCCGGUUGAUAGAUCGAUGCACAUCAGCGCAUGUACAUCAAUGGGAGCUAGUGGGGAUGGAGAGUUGGGCACCAUGCUGAGCUGAGCUUAUAUCACCAUCGUUCGUACCUAGUCACUUCCAAUAUAGUCGAUCUCAUACUUCUCAUGUGAAAGAGGAAGAAGAGAGUCCUCAACCAACUAGGAGUAGAAGCAACUGUAGUGUUAGAUCAAGAAGUAGAUCUUGCUGUAGGAAGAUAUAUUGUACUCAAGUGCAGGCAGCUACUAGCUACUGCACUCGCCAAUGUUGCCUUACCACCCUAACCCUCACGGUUUCUGGAUCUCCCGAGAACCGCCCGCGCAGACGCCAAACCCUGCCAGCAGCUUCUCCAUGGCGCCUCCCGCGCAUCAGGACCAUCAGAUUCAGCACUACGACCACUUCUUCCCGGGCCAUGGCAACCAGUUCAACUCCGAGACGCUGGAGGCGGUGCUCAGGCCGCGUCCGCCGGCUCCUCCUCUGGCGGACAUGCCGCCGGGGAACGGGCCAAGAACUGGCGCAGUGCAGGCCGCCGGCGCCGGACACGCGAGGGCGAGGAAGCGGCCGUUCAGGACGGACCGGCACAGCAAGAUCCGGACGGCGCAGGGCGUCCGGGACCGCCGGAUGCGGCUCUCCCUCGACGUCGCGCGUGACUUCUUCGCGCUGCAGGACCAGCUCGGCUUCGACAAGGCCAGCAAGACUGUGGACUGGCUGCUCACCCAGUCUAAGCCAGCCAUCGACCGCCUAUCCGAGUCCUCUCGGCUCCACGUCGCUGGAGCGGGAGAAGAUGGCAUGUCCUCGCUAUCAUCGGUGGAGCGUGAAGGCCGCCGGCUCAAGGAGACGGAGCUGGCCGCCGGGUCGGGAAAGGGCGCAGUGGAUGUGGAGAAAGCGAUGAGGGCUAGGGGUGGUGGGACGUCGGUGCCCAUGGAGCACAGACGCGAGAUGAACAGCGGCCUCAUGUCGGCUUCGAUGACUGGCGGGGAGUACUACUACGACCUCGGCGAGAUGAUGUGCAUCAACGCAGGAGAAUGCGACGAUGAUGGCGAGUAUGACGAAGACGGUGAUUUCUUAGACGGUAUGCAAUACUAGUUCCAGGCUUCCAGCAGACUUCCAGGUACUAGCGAUCGAGCAGCUUAAUUAGGUCUUGAUCUGCCGAGCGCAUCAUGUUCUUAGUUAAUUAUUGCAUGUGUACGGAUCUACUACUCUCUUAGUAUUAUUAUUUGCAAAUCUCAUGGUUUUGUUCUAUGUUGCUAUUUUUUCUUUGCUUUUGAGGGUGAUGCCUUUUAAGAUUUUCUUGAAGUCCAUCGUCUUUCAUGUCUUAAUUUGGGGACUAUUUUAUAAGAUUUUAUUGAAGCUGGUCAUCUUAAGCUA